UUUUCUAAUUCUAUUCUAAGUAGGAUAAACAAAUUAAAGAUAAACAAUUAUGCUUCCCUUGUCUGUCUUUUGUGCCACUUUUAUCUUUUAUUCUAACUCUAAUCAAGGAGGUUUUAAAUAUUUUGAACCUCAUUGCUCUAAUAAGCCAUCCGAUGUCUGAUCUCUCCUGAUUGGUGACCAUCUUGCGCCAUUGUCUGAGAGGCGAGCUCUGAUUGGCCACCGCGAUUUUGAAAUUAGACCCCAUGAAGCACCGCGGUGAGAAGAUACUUACGUCACUUCGAAAAUUCUGAAAUUGUGAGCGGACACGUUGCCACUUCUGUGCCAGAAUUACAAAUCAGUGAGGCUGACGCUAAGGAAUUCGUCAGAGCUGAUAUACAUAUACAGAUGAGCUAUUCGCUCAUCAUGGUAAGCAGAGCUGAAACCAAGCAGUUCGCAGAUGUGAAGUCGGGAGAAGAUUCGACAUACACCGAUCAGCAAGACAAUGUUGGCGACAGUGGAAAGAGUGACAAGAAACAGAAAGUGAAGAAACAGCACAGCUGUGAACAGUGCAACAAGCAAUUCGGUCGACUCGAUCAUCUGAAGACUCAUAUGCGGACUCACACAGGUGAGAAACCCUACAGGUGUGAGGAGUGCGGCAGGCAGUUUAGUCAAGGGAGUCAUCUAAAGCAGCACAUGAAGACUCACACCGGUGAGAAGCCGAACGUUUGUAAGAUUUGUCUGAAAAGUUUCGCACAGACAAGUGCUCUGAAGUCGCACAUGAAAACCCACACGGGAGAAAAACUGUACAGCAUGCGGUUUAGUCGGCUGGGUCAUCUAAAGGCACACGUACGCACACAUACCGGUGAGAAACCGUACACGUGUGACAAAUGUAACAAAGGCUUCAGUCAGUUAGCUUAUCUGACGACUCACAUGCGGACUCACACGGGUGAGAAGCCGUACCGGUGUGAGGAGUGCAGCAAACAGUUCACUACGCAGGGUGAGUUGACUAUACAUGUGCGAACUCACACCGGCGAGCGACCAUACACAUGUAAGGAAUGCGGUUGGACUUUCAGUCAACGGAGUAACAUGCGAACUCACAUGCGGACUCACACAGGUGAGAAACCGCACAGAUGUGAGGAAUGUGGCAAACAGUUCUGUCUGUUGAGUGAUCUGAAGAAACACAUAAGGACUCACACUGGGGAAAAACCGUACUCGUGUGAAAUUUGCAACAAAAGCUUUAGGGAGAAAGGCCAUCUAACGAUUCACAAGCGGACUCACACAGGGGAAAGCCCGUACAGGUGCGAGGAGUGCGGCAAGCAGUUCAUCACACUCUCACACCUCAAGAGCCACGUGCGGGCACACACUGGCGAGAAACCGUACAAGUGCGAGCAGUGCAGCAGACAGUUCAGGGAGCUUUGUUCAUUGAAAGCACACAUGAAAACUCACACAGGUGAGAAACCGUAUAGUUGUGAGGAGUGCAGCAAGCAGUUCACUGUGAUGUGUAGUCUGAAGAAACACAUUCGGACACACACUGGCGAGAAACCGUACACGUGCGAUGCGUGCAGCCGGCAGUUCAGUGAGCUGGGUCAUCUGAAAACACACAUGAGAACGCACACCGGUGAGAAACCGUAUACCUGUGAGGAGUGUAGUAAGCAGUUUAGUCAGCUGUCUACCAUGAAAACACACAUGAUGCGGGCCCACUCUUGCUAGUGACCGCAAAACGUGGGAAAGGGACAAAAAGCUUUCGUUCAAUUCU